AUGUCCGCUGAUCAGUACGUACCGGCUCCCCUACCACGAUGGGAACGCUUGCUUUGUUGGGCUGUUUGGCUCUUUCACUCAGCCGCAGCUUUCUAUUUGGCGUUCAGAGUAAGUCAAGGGCAACUACGCUUCUGGAUGAAGCAUUGGAUCUCAGAAAGCGGUUACUUACCUGGAUACAAAGUUGACCUCUCGGAUACUGAAUGGGAACAUUUUCGUAACACCGCUUCACAUAUGGUGCUAGACUACGGCCUUCACAGUAUCAUGUUUUAUCUGGUAGUCCGCUAUGUGGAAUCGAAAUGGGUCAAAUUAGUACUGUUUUUUGGAGCUCUUCUUAUGCAAAUACAUAUGACAAGGUGACU